UAGCCAUUGUGCUUCUAAAAGAAUUCGUGCCUGAGGAAAGCAGUCGCAUCUGAUCGUAAAAUCACACUUCAAACGAAUACACUCGUAUCUGCUGUGAUGUGGGGUGCAACAUAUUUAGUAUUGCUUAGCACAUUGUGUGUAACAUCUUUGGCACGCCCAUCGCAAUUGGAUGAUAUUUUUGACGGAUAUUUAAAAAACGUAAAUCUUUAUAAUCCAGAAACGCACUCACAAAUAGUAAAGCGUCGAAUCUAUGAAGAUAAUCAAGAUGCAAGUUUGAAGACGGUUUCCUUACAAUCGCUCAUUGGGGAUUUAGAGCAGAAUUUUUUACAAUCAGCUUCUAGCGCUGGCAGUCUCGCACAUCAAACAACGGAAUCAACCGAUAGUCAUUUAAGUCCUAUUGAAGAUCAUGCAGUACUCAAAAGAAAAACGGAUAAUGAAUCAGGCCAAGUUAUUUCUUCCGACGGCGAUCACAAUAAAACCGUGGUUGAACCAAAAAGUGUUGAUUCAAUAAAUGCAUCCAACGAAAACAUUUCGAAUAAAGAAUCAGGAUCUACUCGGAUACAGGUUGAACAUAUUUCUGUGCAACCACAUUUUGGAAAUUUCCCCAUUUUGCCGGCUUUCCAAUUGCAUCAAACAAAAGUUAUAUCCGCAACUUUGAAGGACACUGAUUCUAAACCAACUCAAAUCAUCAUUAGAAAGACAGACAUCAAGGCUACACCAUUGCAGGAAAAAACUGAAGUUAUUAGUGAGGAAACGGAGAAAAACAACAACACCAAACAAACUGCCAAUGAGGAACCUGAAAGUCUGUCGUCAUCAACACCGAAAAACACGGUUUCAGAAUUAAAACAAACUGAGGCGGAGCUUAAGGCAAAUGUAGCUGAAAUCGAGGCAGAGCCAGUAAUAUUAUCAGCUCGAGUUUAAUUGUUCGCAAGUUAUAUUAUAAUAUUUCUUUAAAAUAAACCAAACGCAGAUCAUGACCUGUGUGUGUAGAUGAA